AUGUUUGAAGAUAAAGUUUCACUUCUAUGUUAUGCUUUGCAAAGGUCUUUUCAGGCAUCGCCUAACCGGCUUAUGACUAACAAUGCCUACCUGGCUUUAUUGGGUACCUCGUUAAAUGCAUCCACAACAGAUGAGGGACUAAACUUCUAUGACUCACAACAUCGCUUUGAGCACUCACAACUUCUGUUGGUUCUUUUGAGUUCACUUCCAUAUGUGCCAAAGCCUUUCAGUGUCGCGUAUUACAGUCAUGCUGUUUCCAUUUAUACCCUUGUCCCUGGGGAUCGAUUGGAUCAAGGAGAAAAACUCAUUAUAGGUUGUCAAAAAGCAACAAUUUAUGCUGAAACACAGGAAUCAGACAUAUUGUUCACAUGGAUAGAUCUUCAAGCAAAACUCAACACUGAGUUGCUGAAUAAUUUAGGCAAUUUCAUUAACCGUGUCUUGAGCUUUAUUGCUAAAGAUCCAUGUCAAGUUGCUGCACUUGUCCUUUGCCACAGCAGAGAACUAGCCUAUCAUGUCAGAUUUUCAUUUGUAACCCUCCAACAAUUUGAAAAUGUUAAUUUUCACCCAUGUCUUACUCUUUGUAUCUUGGGUGAGAUUUGUCGUAGAGAACUAGCUUAUCAGGUAAGAUUGGUGAAAAAUAGGGACAACAAUGAAAUCAAGGGUUUUGUAUUAAUUUGUAGCAUUCAGGCAUCCAUGGAAUCCAUUCACGACUCUCUUGCUGAGGCAUUGGUUAAUUUGACAGAGGAGUGUGAAAAAUUAUGGUCAAAAGUGUAUGUUGUCUGGCCUAAAAGCAGAACUAGAAGCAUUAAGAUGAAGGCACUCUGAUGUACUGUAGUUGAUGGGUGAAAGAGAUGAGGAGGUAAAAUUACCUUUUCAAUGUUUUGAAGUUUUUGAUGGAAAAAAAUAGUGUUAAUGCUCUUCAUAGAAAAGUAUGUUGGUAUUUUAGGAAUUUUGGCUAAUAAUUUAGUUAAUUAUAUAAAAAAUGUUGAAAUGUUACAUUUGUCUACUAUUGGAAUGAUUAUUUGUAUUACAUUAACUUUUUUGCAAUGUAUUGUAUUUUUUGUAUAUGAUAUUUAAUUCUCU